GAGCAGCAACAGAAGGCGUCGGAGCGGGCGUCGGAGCUGCCCGCUAAGGGAAAGAGAAAGAGAGAGAGGGAGAGAAGCGGGGCGAGCAAGGAGAGAGAGCCCCAGGCAGAAAAGUAACUGUCAAAUGCGCGGCUCCUUUAACCAGAGCGCCCAGUCCGGCUCCGAGAGUCAUGGCGACCGCAGCGUCUAACCACUACAGCCUGCUCACCUCCAGCGCCUCCAUCGUGCACGCCGAGCCGCCCGGCGGCAUGCAGCAGGGCGCAGGGGGCUAUCGCGAGGCGCAGAGCCUGGUGCAGGGCGACUACGGCGCUCUGCAGAGCAACGGGCACCCGCUCAGCCACGCUCACCAGUGGAUCACCGCGCUGUCCCACGGCGGCGGGGGCGGCGGCGGCGGCGGUGGAGGAGGCGGGGGAGGCGGCGGGGGAGGUGGCGACGGCUCCCCGUGGUCCACCAGCCCCCUAGGCCAGCCGGACAUCAAGCCCUCGGUGGUGGUACAGCAGGGUGGCCGAGGCGAUGAGCUGCACGGGCCAGGAGCGCUACAACAGCAGCACCAACAGCAGCAGCAACAACAGCAACAGCAGCAGCAGCAGCAACAGCAGCAGCAGCAGCAACAACAACAGCGACCGCCACAUCUGGUGCACCACGCUGCCAACCACCACCCCGGGCCCGGGGCAUGGCGGAGUGCGGCGACUGCAGCUCACCUCCCUCCCUCCAUGGGAGCGUCCAACGGCGGUUUGCUCUACUCGCAGCCCAGCUUCACGGUGAACGGCAUGCUGGGCGCAGGAGGGCAGCCGGCUGGGCUGCACCACCACGGCCUGCGGGACGCCCACGACGAGCCGCAUCAUGCAGACCACCACCCGCAUCCGCACUCUCACCCUCACCAGCAACCGCCCCCGCCACCUCCCCCACAAGGCCCACCGGGCCACCCAGGCGCACACCACGACCCGCACUCAGACGAGGACACGCCGACCUCAGACGACCUGGAGCAGUUCGCCAAGCAGUUCAAGCAGAGGCGGAUCAAACUAGGAUUUACUCAAGCAGACGUGGGGCUGGCGCUGGGCACCCUGUAUGGCAACGUGUUCUCGCAGACCACCAUCUGCAGGUUUGAGGCCCUGCAACUGAGCUUCAAGAACAUGUGCAAGCUGAAGCCUUUGUUGAACAAGUGGUUGGAAGAGGCAGACUCGUCCUCGGGCAGCCCCACCAGCAUAGACAAGAUCGCAGCGCAAGGGCGCAAGCGGAAAAAGCGGACCUCCAUCGAGGUGAGCGUCAAGGGGGCUCUGGAGAGCCAUUUCCUCAAAUGCCCCAAGCCCUCGGCCCAGGAGAUCACCUCCCUCGCGGACAGCUUACAGCUGGAGAAGGAGGUGGUGAGAGUUUGGUUUUGUAACAGGAGACAGAAAGAGAAAAGGAUGACCCCUCCCGGAGGGACUCUGCCGGGCGCCGAGGAUGUGUACGGGGGGAGUAGGGACACGCCACCACACCACGGGGUGCAGACGCCCGUCCAGUGAACUCAAGAGGGGGAGGGGCAGAGCGUGGGGCUCCCCCUCCCCAUUGGUCCAUGGUCCUUCACGGGACCUCUGUUCCCCCUCUAACUUCUGAUUGUUUUUUUAUUAUUAUUUUUAAUUAUUAUUUUCCCGGUCUUUUAAAAAUGGAAAAAAUAGUGAAAAUAAGAGAAAAGGAAAGGAACUAAGACACUGGACUAUCCUAAAACAGAUAGCAGGUGUAAUGAUGGGUUUUGACCUUUGCAAACGAGUACCCAGAAAGUGAAAUAGAAUGUCUCUUAGUGAAGAGGAGUGGUGUGUGUGUGUGUGUGUGUGUGUGUGUGUGUGUGUGAGAGACAGAGAGAGAGAGAGAGAGAGAGAGAGAGAGAGAGAGAGAGAGAGAGUGUCCCGGAAAAACUAAAUAAAUUACCAAAAAGAAAGAAAAGUCCACCAAACCGUACAAAACACAAAACUGCAGCUUCCCAAUGCUCAAAGUUGACACGUGCUGCUGUGUUUAUUUAACAUGGGUCCCCAUCAGGAAAGAGGGAAAACACACGUUUUUAAAUAUAUAGGCAAAUUUUAACCACACAAAUUUGCACUGCAAGAAAAUUGAAGUUUACAUUAACAAGUUCAACUUUUUUUUCCCUCAAUACGCACUGUUAAUUUUGAAACUGUCCUUUUGGGUUGUUUUGUUUUACCUUCUCCAGCGGGGAGGACAGAAGUCAGCUCUUGGCCAACCUCCAUUUCUAGUGUUCCCAUGUCCCUUGUCCUUACUGCUUAUAAACUCUGGUUUUCUUGAAACCCCGCAGACCUGGUGUAACAUUUAUUGGCUCUUUCCAUCAAAGCAAAGUGACUGGCUUCAUAUAAAAUAAAUAAAUGUUUGCAUUCAGGAAAUGUGUAUGGUUUCCCCACUUUAUGCAAGGCAGGAAUACUGUUUGGGAUAUAAAUGUAAGCACUGGUUUUUGUAAACCACAAGGUAAACUUCAUUUUCAGGCAGUAUUUCUAGGUAGGGAAGAAAAAGGAAAAUCGAUCGUGAGUGACCGGUCACUUCAUUUUAUCAGGCAGGGCCGGUCGUUCGUGAAGGAACUCAGAAGAAAUGGGAGGCUAAAUAUAUUGCUGGAGUUGUCCACCAGAAAGAAACUGGAAACUCUGGAGAGAACUGGGAAACACACUGUAUAGUUCUCUGCCUUUGGGUUCAAUAACUUAAUUAUAAGGGAUUAGUUGUGACGACAGCAGUGGUUAAACUUUGUCCCUCUACUAGGUCUUUUUAUUUUUUUUUUUUGUAGGUAAAGAAAAAACCCAGGAACUUGAAAAAAUACACAUAGACUGUGUUUCUCAGCACACAAAUGCAUACACCAUAUAUACAUAUAUAUACAUAUAUGUGCAUAUAUAUGUGUAUAUAUAUAUAUAUAUAUGAUAGACAGGUUUUGUCUUUAACAGUUCAUUUGUUUAUCAAGUCAUACUUUGGGUCCUACAUCAUCUUCUCCCAUAAUUUAUUACAGAAAAAUAUCAGUUCAGCUUGGACAGAGUUCUCCCCCUCUUUCACUAAGGAAGACAAAUGAAGUGGGGGGGACAUUUCAAUACUUCCUCUCUCCCCUUUUGUUAAGAAUUUUUUUCAGUGUAUUUCUUUUUUUACCUUGUUUCGAUGGGAAAUGGUUUACUCCCAACACAAUAGAAUAUUCUGAAAGGUGUAGGUAAUAAAAAAACAACAACCAACCGAAAAAAACAAGACAAAAAGCUUAUGACUAUAUUAAAAUUAACACCACUAAACUGUGAUCAGUUAAAAAAAAUCAAUAGUUAUCAGCACAAAAGGGCGCUAAAAGGGAAAACACUUUUUUUUAGUAACCUUAAAUGUUUGGGGUUUUAUUUCUUUGUUAGGGAUUAGAUGAAUGUUUAUUUUAAAAAAAUUAAAUUCUCACUACCAUAAAAAUGUGGUUCAACAUCAGAUUAGCAUUGCACUCAGUAGUAAGGUUUUAGGAACUAUGCUUUAUCCAGUAUUGUCUCUUCAAACACCUGUGAUUGUUUCAUUUUCAAUGUUUUCGCAAGAUAAAUGACGACUUUUGAUGGGCAGAUUUAUUUGCCUGUAUUUCAUUUUUCCCAAUGAAUGUCACAGGCGAUAGCAUAGAGCUAUUUCAGGUUAGAUCACACUGCUUUCUCCUGAUGUGUGGGGAGUAGACUCCAGUGAAGCAGUCCAGAGGAGGGCAAAGAGCCAAUGGUAAAAGGAGGAAAUGAAUUUGCAGAUCCUUGCUACCAAGUAGGUAAGGUUGGAAGCUGGGGUUCAGAGGGUGUGCCUACAGCUUCCCUUGCUCUCAUAGGCUUACAAAAUUGAAAGUUACCACUGAACCUUACCAUAUGUAUAUAUGUUUCAUAUCUGUCUUUUGAAAUGCAGAAAUAGUUUAAAUGUUUCUUUGUCUAUUUUUUCUUUUUCUUAAUGCUACCCAGGGAAAUAUUUUCAUAUCGUUUUACGUGGCCUGCCUCAAUGUAUAUUUAUUUCUUUUGGAGCAAAAGGUUCUGAAAACUGGUUUUCUGUAGCUUUAAAUGAGAAGGUAGCAAGAUCUAUAUGGGAUGUCAUUUUUUUUUUUUGUUCAGUUUCUUUUUUAAAAAAAAUGCUUUGUUUUGGUACAUUUGAUUGUGCUUGUGGGGAAAAUAAAAGCGCA